GAAUGCUGUUGGAGAAAUAUUCAGAUAGUGAUAUAUUUUCAUAAUUGUGUUUAUUUACUGUUAACCAUGUGCAACAAUUCGGAUAACAGUUAGAAUCUCGAAUUUAGUUUUGGAAAAGGACGCUUUUGGUGAGAUAACUGUGUACCUUGCUGGAAAACUUGAAGCGUAUCGUACACACCUCAUAUUUAUAUAUCAGUGAGCAAAACCUCUAGUUAUAGUGCAUCUGCAAACAUGAACAAAUUAGAAUUGGAUGAUCUCCUCGAUAGUGAGAUCAGCGAUGAUGAAGUUGGGGAUACCGAAGACAUCAACGAAGAAAGUCACGCUCGACUGAUUGACAGAGUCAAAGUACUUUAUGGAUCACGAGAAGUUCGGCAAAGAAGUGAAGCGUCUCAAGAUGUUUCCGAAUUUGACUUUUUACAGUCGAGUGGCCUGACAGCGUAUGAUAUGCUUAAGGAUCUUAACAAUACUGCAAAGCUGAAGAAGAAACGAAAUAAAAUCUUGAAAAUCAAGAAAAAAGCUAGGGCUCUUCCUGUGCCUCUACCGAAGGUCUCUCGGGAGCGAUUACAACGAGCCAUAGGAUACGCGAAGACGACUAGCGAACUUGGCAAAUGGGAUUCGAUUGUAAAACACAAUGAGUCCGCAGAUCAGAUUCGUUUUCCCCUUAACGACGAACCUCUUAGACUGGAACAAAGUGGAGAUUUCGUAAAACAGUUUAAGCCAUCUACCGACCUUGAAACUCAAGUUGAAUUAUUGUUAUCUUCAAGUAAGCAUCGACUUGAUUCAGAUGCUUGCUUAAGUCAGUUCGAGGAAGAAAAGUUGAAGGUCUUAUCUAAAGAAGAAGCCAUCGCCAGACUAAGUGAAUUGCGGCGUCUACGUGCUUUAAUGCAUACUGAAGCCCUGCGAAAUCGUCGUGUGCGUAAAAUCAAGAGUCGAAAGUUCCAUAAAAUCCACCGGAAAGACAAGAUAAAGGCUGCUAUAAGAGAAUUCGAGCACCUUAAAGUAACGGAUCCUCAAAAGGCUUUGGAAAAGCUGGAGGAGUUGGAGCGAAUUCGCCGAGAAGAACGCGUGUCGUUGCGCCAUAAGCGCAAAAGUAAAUGGGCCACCCAAUUAGCCAAAACUGGAAAAUUUGACAAAGACGCUCAACUUGCGCUCAGGGAACGAAUAGAAUUGGGUCGUGAAUUGGAGACAAAAGUGAAAACGGACAGCGACAACGACAGCGCAAAUGACGACGAACUGCAGGGAGCAGAGGGUGACAGUAAUGUUCGCCGAAAUGAAAGAGAUUCGUCGGAAGAGGAAGAACGGGCCAGACUUGAACGAUCCCUGCAAGAAAACGAUGAACAGGCUGAUGGAAGUCAAGAAGAUAAUCCAUGGCUGAGGAAAACUUUUUUCGAGGAGAUUAAGACUGCAUCAAGCAUCAUGACGAAGAUGGCAAGUUUUGGGGAAUCAACUGCAAAAGCUACGCGAAAUCAACAAAUAAAAUACGUCGGAGAGGAUGCUGAAUCUGGAGAAAAAGUUGAAGCACAAGCGCUUCCCGUAGGUAGAGUUUUGGAGGUACCGGAGCAUAUGAGGAUGUCGCCUGUUGAGCAAAAUGGCAACGUGAAAGCGCAGCACAACAGGAAACAGGUCGUUCGUCGUGAUAGCAAAAACGUCGACAAGGAGGAUGGUGGUGACGAUAUAAGCGACGAUUCAGAGAGCGAAUUAAUAUCAGAAAGCACGCAGCGUGCGACUCCUCAAGAAACUCAAGAAGAGAUAAAAAUCUUAAAUCAGAUUAGUAAUCCCAAGCAAGAAAACGAGGAGAAAAGUAAUAAUCUCAGUGAAAAACGUGAAAGUGAAGAAAUGGCGGCCAGUAGCGCGGUGUUUAUCGACCCUGAAAAGGUGUUGCAAAUAGGCACAAAAUCGGAGAAAAAGCUCAGAUCGCGGCUGCGUUUAAGUUUAGCCAUUGAAGGUGAAGGUUUUUCAGAGAGUGAAUCAGAUCAAGAGGAUGACGCAGCUGAGGGCAGUGCUGAUGAAGAACGCCAGAAAAAACUCAUCCAGGAGGCUUUUGCGGGAGAUGACGUGGUUGAAGACUUUAUUAAAGAACAAAAGGAAAAGGAUGCGUUAGAGCGCAAUGCAGAGCGAGAGGCUGCUUUGAAACAGAAAGGUCUGGAUGGAGAUUGGGUGACUCCUAGCAAUAUCCAUAGACUGAACGACCGGAAGAAAAAGUUCCUCGAAAGUCAUAGAAAAAUGUUUCAACCGCGAGCUGCCAUAGUGCACGAGGAUGCUAACAUGAGAGGCAUACAAGCUCACAGAGUUUUUGACGUUCCUAAGGGUUUCACCAAGAUUUCGCAGUUUGAGACAGUACUCAAACAGCCGAUAGGAAGCAUGUUCAACACGCCAAGCGCUUUCCAGGAACUCAUAAAGCCUUACGUUGUAACCUCACGAGGAAAAAUUAUCAAGCCGAUCGAUCAGAAUGCUCUUGUAAAAUGCGUGAAGACCUCUGAUUUCAAGCACAGUCGCCCCCAACGAAAGGCGAUCAAAUAGUGUCAACUUAGUGUAACAAGUUACCUAACAACUUUUGAAUAAAAAGUUAAAAUUCUUUGA